AUGGAUCUGAUGCUCGUGGUUGACGGCUGCUGUGGAUUGGUCGUCCAGGUGCCAAUCGCCACCGAUAUACUUAACAGGCUAAUGGUAGUCAAUUCCCUGGCUCUUGGCAUCUACGAAGCCUUUGGUGUCGAGCAUCGCCCCAGCAAGGCCCCUCUGGGCUGGAUCGAAGUUGUUGCCAUCUACAUUGCUAUUCUCAUCGUGGCACUCGUCUUCUCUCUCAACGUCUGGCAGAAGGAGAGGGCUUUUAUCAAGCUCAAAGCAAAGAAAGAGGAUCGCGAGGUCAAGGUGUUCCGCUCUGGCAAGCCUUACAUGAUCAGCGUCCACGACGACGUUUGUGACGAGUCUUCGGCAAUCGGCGAACCUGAUGCGCUGAAGAAGACGUCUGGUUAUGAGGCUAUGAAGCAGCUCAAGGCUGGCGCGACCUCGGAGAACUUAGACACGUUCAUCAUCGCUAGCGCAAAGGUGCUCGAAGGCAUCGACACCUUCAUAGAGACCUCAGUUGGUGUCAACUCUAGCUUCGGCAAGAUUAACACCGCUCCUGCAGCUGUCUAA